AUGGGAAAGAUUACCUUGUUCGAGGAAAAGAACUUCCAAGGCCGAUCAUUCGAAUGCAGCAGUGAUCGGUCUGACCUGCAAGCUUACCUCAGCCGCUGUAACUCUGUGAGAGUGGAUAGUGGCUGCUUCAUGCUCUACGAGCAUUCUAACUUCAUGGGACAACAGCUCUUUCUCAAGAGGGGCGAAUAUCCUGAUAUCCAGUGCCAGGGCAUGACUGAGUACAUUCGAUCCUGCCGGUUGAUCCCACCGCACAGAGGCACCUACAGGAUAAAAGUCUACGAGAAGGAUAAUCUGAGGAGCCAGAUGAUGGAGUUAACUGAGGAUUGUCCUCAAGUCCUGGAACAACUACGUCUCUGCGAGAUCCAGUCCUGUGUUGUACUGGAGGGACACUGGAUCUUCUAUGAAAUGCCAAACUACCGUGGCCGUCAAUACCUCCUGAGACCUGGAGAGUAUAGAAGAUUCAGCGACUGGGGUGCAACAACUAGCAAAGUUGGGUCUUUGAGACGUGCUGCUGACUGUUUUUAG